ACCGACCGACUGACCGACCGUCCGCACGUCGAGCUACUGUUGCAGCACUUUAGUUCCGCCCGAGAAGCCAAGUGGAGGUUUUUCAAGCAUCCUCUCAUCCUCCUCCAUCAACCUCAAACGAAAUUUGGGAUGCAGGCUCACAGUGGAUGGAUAAAAUAAAAGAUAAAGGUUAUCUCAGUGGGGUACGGCCGUAGUUUGACGCCGGACAUGAUUUUAAUCUCGGGAGUUGCCUGUGCAGAGGAUGCGGGAUGAUGAUGACACCAUGAGCGUCUGCCGCACCCCGGGAGAUCUUUUGACGAGAAACAGCCGUGCUAUUUUUGCAAACCAACUGGAUUGUUUUUGCCCCGGACUCUCCAUCAACGCGCCGUCUGGGAGUAUUUGUUGGCGCUUCUGAUGUGCUGGGAUUGUGUUGUUUUUUCCCCGAAGGGAUCUCCUGUGGACUGUUGCUAUCCCACCCAGGGAGCGAAAACAGGCGUCUCACUUGCUCGUUUCAACACACAACACUAACAUGGCUGAAAAGACGGACCAGGUUUCCGUCAGUAUCCCCAUGGAGGAGACCAAACUCCACAGCGGGGCACCCCCGGAGGCGCCCCUUCUCACGCACCUGAAGAAAGUGGAGAAUCACAUCACUGAGGCCCAGCGAUUCUCCCACCUCCCACGUCGCUCUGCUGUGGACUUGGAAUUUAAUGAGUUGUCGUACACCAUCCGUGAGGGUCCCUGGUGGAGGAGGAGAGGUUACAAGGCCCUCCUCAAGUGUCUGUCUGGAAGGUUUAACAGCAGAGAGCUGAUUGGUAUCAUGGGACCCUCCGGAGCUGGGAAGUCCACCCUCAUGAAUAUCCUGGCAGGUUACAGGGAGACAGGCAUGAAGGGCCAAAUCCUGGUGAAUGGCCGCCCGAGGGACUUGCGGACCUUCCGGAAGAUGUCCUGCUACAUCAUGCAGGAUGAUAUGCUACUGCCGCACCUUACGACCAGGGAGGCCAUGAUGGUCUCUGCCAAUUUGAAACUCAAUGAGAGCAUGCAGGUCAAAAAGGAACUGGUCCAUGAGAUUCUGACAGCUCUGGGCCUUCUGGACUGCGCUCAAACGCGAACCAACUCUCUUUCGGGCGGUCAAUGCAAAAGACUGGCCAUUGCCCUCGAGCUAGUCAACAACCCUCCAGUCAUGUUCUUUGAUGAGCCCACCAGUGGACUGGACAGCGCGUCAUGCUUCCAGGUGGUUUCCCUCAUGAAGUCUCUGGCUCAGGGAGGGCGAACAAUCAUCUGUACCAUUCAUCAGCCCAGUGCAAAGCUCUUUGAGAUGUUUGAUAAGUUGUACAUUCUCAGUCAAGGUCAAUGCAUCUACAAGGGUACAGUCCCUUACCUCAUCCCAUAUCUGAAGAACCUGGGCCUACACUGUCCAACAUAUCACAAUCCUGCAGAUUUUAUCAUCGAGGUGGCAUCAGGAGAGUACGGAGACUUGAACCCGGUGCUGUUUGAAGCGGUUCAGGGUGGACUGUGCUCCGAGGAGGGCAAGAAGAACUCAAUAGACCAGAGUGACUCAUCCUGUCCCUCUCAGUGCUACAGUGACACGGGGACCCUUGAGAAACGUAGCUUUGCCACCAGUACUUUCACGCAGUUCUGCAUCCUCUUCAAAAGAACCUUCAUUACAAUAUGCCGGGACACGGUGCUGACCCACCUCAGAGUGAUGUCCCAUCUGUGUAUCGGCGUGCUGAUCGGUCUACUUUAUCUCAAUAUUGGAAACGACGCCAGUAAAGUCUUCAACAACACGGGUUUCCUCUUCUUCUCGAUGCUCUUUCUCAUGUUUGCUGCCCUCAUGCCCACCGUUCUAACCUUUCCUCUGGAAAUGCCUGUUUUUAUAAGGGAACACCUCAACUACUGGUAUAGCCUGAAGGCUUACUAUUUGGCAAAAACAAUGGCGGAUGUACCAUUCCAGGUGAUUUGUCCAAUCAUGUACUGCAGUAUUGUGUACUGGAUGACUGAGCAGCCAGCGGAGGCUGGUCGCUACCUGCUCUUCGUGGCCUUGUCCACAUCCACAGCCCUGGUAGCCCAGUCGCUGGGACUACUUAUUGGCGCUGCAUCCACAUCUCUGCAGGUAGCAACAUUUGUCGGUCCAGUCACAGCCAUACCUGUGCUACUGUUUUCUGGCUUCUUUGUAAAUUUUGACACCAUUCCCAAGUACCUGCAGUGGAGCUCCUAUGUAUCUUAUGUCAGAUAUGGCUUUGAGGGAGUGAUACUCUCCAUCUAUGGGAUGAACCGCUCUGAGCUUGAAUGUCCGGGUCUUGUGUGUAAAUUUCAAAAGCCAGAGGAGGUCCUGCAGCUGCUGGAUGUGGAGGAUGCAAAGCUCUAUGUAGACUUCAUGGUGUUGGGGGUUUUCUUCGUCGUUCUCAGACUGGCCACUUACUUUGUCCUGCGGUACAAAGUCAAGUCUGAGCGUUGAGGGGAUCGGCUCGUUGAUAUCAGUUACCCAUAAAACUGCUUGUUGUACAUGGAUGUUUCCUCACGCCGUCCCCUCAUUCGUUGUCCUCCAACUUGGAUUCCUUCUAUGAUUGUCAUCACAGGACUGACUGCUCAUCUUCACUAUACAUAUGAACCAUGGCAAAAGAAACAGAAAGCAUGUUUAAUUCAACUAAGAAUCUGGAAUGUGUACUUGUUUCCAAGGAGAGUGGCGCAUCAAUUACUUUUUGUCUCUCAAUGCCUAGAUAGAAAUCCUAGAUUCACAGGAAAUCCAAUGAUUGGUGUUUAAUUGAAACACCCGUAUUUCAAGAAAAAUACAUUCCUGUUGUGAGCAGGGAAAGUGGAAACUUCAAGUGCCAGGACUUUUUGUCAGCUCCCACUUUCCCUGAGUUCAGUGUGUCCUUUUUAGGGAUGCAAACGUAACAUACCAACUGCCACAGAUUGACUUUCCUACCCCACGACGGAUCAUUUUCACAGGCCUAAUGGCGCACACCAUGAAGACUGAGGUUGAAGGAUUUGUAAAGAUGUCAUCAGUGAGUCUUACUCAUUUGCUGCCAGGAUAAGACCUCUUUAUUUGUAUCAGGGAGGCAUCCAGGAAGCACGCAGACAACCUUGGACAAAACAGACAUGAUUGCUGCUUCCAUCCUGAUACAGAGGGCUAUCAGAACUCAACUGGCUGCACUUAAGAAAAGUGCUGUAGGGUUGGUGGGGGGGUGAAUAACAAAAAAAAAAAAAAGACGCCCGUCUAAUCGCUGUUACUCUUCUGUCUGAAGCAAUCCGUCCAAGUACUUGUAUGAUUCUUUGGCCUCCCCCUCCUUCCAUGAUGGAAUUAUCUUUUCUUGUCUCCAUCAUUCAGAAUUGCUGAUGUCUGACUGAUGUGCAUUUUCCAAAACAAUGCUCGUUACUUGAAAUGCUGGCUGGGCUGAUUGUGUGCCUCUGAACUAGAAUGAUACAAGCUUUGUCUGCUUCAAUGCUGGAUGUUUGCGCAUACAACUUAUAUCACUGUACAUGUUUGUCUCUCUGUCUGUUUGUCUGUUUGUCAGCCACACAUGGACGCACGCACACACAUACAUACACACAAACAUGCAUCUUUGUUUCAGGGCAAUGCAACUAUUUUCCUGUAGACUUGCGAUGAAAUAUUUCUUAUUCAAUCUAUGCUACUUAGUAAUCCUAAAUAUAAUGUAUAAAAUAAUGUAGGCAUAUAAUCAACAAUUGUACAGUGAAUAUGUUAUGCUGUGAAAAAAAUACAAGUACAAUGCACUUUUCAGUAUAUGUUUUAAAAUCUUAUUUAUUUGUAUUAUAUUUUAUUUUUUAUAGCUUAAAGUUUAACGAGUGCUGUUUGGAGAGUACAACAGAAUGUUUCCUGCACACUGAAGGACCUGAAAUUUCAUGAUAAAAUUAUGACCCCCCCAUCUAUAAGUGUAUGCAUCUUGGGGAAAGCAUAACCUAAGAAAUAAGAUAAACCCAAGAUGAGUUGCUGCUGUGAAUGAGAAAUGAAGGAGUGAAAAGAUAACCAUGUGAGACACAAUCAAUGAAAGGAGGCAAUGAUAUACAAUUACAGUAUUAUUAUGAUAAAAUCAUAGUUGUAAAACAAUAAUACAUGUUAUUUUCAGGUGAAAUGUAUGAAGGGAGAAGAUAGUUUUGACUGUUGAAUUUGACUAUAGCAAGUGAAGUGCAUUGUUUUGUACAUGGUGGUUCAUUUAGAAGGUAUGAUAAAAAUUGUAACUCCCUUUCUGGAAAGUUGGUCAAAUAUACAGUAGCGGGGGCCUGGUUGUGUUAGUAAUAGCAAUAGUAAACAUUGUAACAUUUGAUAAUCCAACAUCCCAUCUAACUAUCGUCUCUUGUAUGUUUUAUAACAUAAACUUUAUUUAAGAGCUUUAAUUUAUUGCCAAUGGCAUUGUGUGCAAUAACUACUCUAAAUGACACAUCUCAUUAAGGAAAAUGUAUAUUUAUUUUUGUGGUGACUGCUCAGUAAAAGGCAUUUUAAUGUGAAUGUUAAUGGAUGCUUUACAAUGGUAAUAGCAGAAAUGAUACAAUUCAAAUAUAAUGCCGAUGCUACUUUAAAUAAUGUUAAUGCCACAGGGAAGGUAUUGCUUUUGUGCCAGAUCAUGUCAAGAUAAUUGCCUCUUAAGUACAGGAAAUUGUGGCAGGAAAGGAAUAUUGCAGUCAAUUUAUUGCCAACACAACAGAUAGUGUUUUCAGCAUCCUCAAAUUACAUCAAAAAGCAUAGCUGGUUGCUGACUCUGCAAGAUAUUGAAAAAAAAAAAAAAAAAAAACACUGUCUGCUGGGUAGAGAAAAAAGUUGAUUAACACAGGAACAAAGCACUGGUGUUGAAGUCAUUAACCCGAAUGGGAAUGUUUGUCUCUGUGGUUGAAGACAAACAAAAAUGAAAAAAAUAAUGUUUCUUUUACUAUUUCAAAUUAUGUAUUUAUCAGGAUAUAUUUUUUAAAAAGGUUAUGGUGCCUCAUUUGUUUACUAACCACAGAAAAUGCCCCGAAAUAUGGAUACAUCGACACAUUUCUACAAUCUUUGAAAAUCCAAACAAUUCCUACAAUAACUGACUCGACAAACAAAAUUUUAAAAUUGUCCUAAGUAAGUACUUGGUUCGAUCCACCAAUUGAGUCACAUCAUGUAUCAUAUCAGCAGUAUUCAGGGACGAUGCAAUUUGAAGAAAUGCAGCAUAUAGAUGCAUGUUCAAGUCAGUCUUGACACAUUUUUUUUUAUCAUGCUAGAAUUGAAGUUACCAAACUCCUUGUCAAAGGUGAUUUAUUUGUCUACGGUUAUCAUUAUGUACAAAUUUGUGUGGACCGAUUUUUGUCUGAUAUUAUUUGUGUAUCAUUACUUGUUAGAUUAUUUUCAUUCAAAAACAUUGUUGGUCUGUAUCCUAAAAUCUGUUCUAAUGCUUAUAAUAA